GUUAAAUCAAUUUAUAAGAACAGAUUAAGCUUUUUCUGGGUUUUGACCGGGCCAACCGGUGUCGGUUCACGGGUUAAUGAAUUUUUUUUGGGUUUUAUCAUAUUUUUAAUUAAUAAAUUUUCAUAAAUCUGAAUUUUGUGAAAAUAUAUCAGUUGGUAGAACAUCUAAUAAAUGCUACAUAAAGAACAUAAGCAUAUCCGAAUUAUAUACGGCCACCGGAUUUACUGGUUCGACCGCGGGUCCAGAUCGGAUAUGAAAACAUUGCUUAUAUUUUGAAUAAAUAUUAUUCUGAUAUUUUUUUUGGUAAUUCUGUUUAUAAAUAGUAUUUUUAAAAUAUAUGGUUAUUUAGAAAUUAAAUAUAAUAUAUUUGUAGGUAAAUAAUUUGUAUUUUAAAACUUCAGAUACUCAUUCGGUUCUCAGUUCAAUUUCAAUUUUUUGUUCCAUAGAUAUAUGAUCUGCUCGGUUAUUUAUGAAAUUCAGUACAAUUUUUCUUUCAUUUUUUUCAGUUUGGUAUGGUUUGGUUCCUCGACUCCGAAUAAGUAUUCCCAGACUUAUAUACUAUCUUAUACUCCCUCCGUUUCAUUAUAAUUGUCUAGGUUUAUGCACAGAGAUUAAUAAAACAUAUGAUUUUGAAUAUUUUCAAAAUAAAAAAAUAAUUACCUAUACAUCUAAACAUAUUUCAACCAAUAAAAAAAUAAACAUAAAUAUUUUGUUAAUAAAUUUUGCAUUAAAAUUCUAAUUCGAUACUUAUUUUGAAACGAAAAUUUUACUCUAAAACGACAAUUAAAUUGAAAAAGAGGAAAUAUAGCAUUCAUUUUAAAAAAAAUUAUUUAAGUCCAAAAAUAAAUCUGUGCUUUCCAAGCGGGAGUCUAAAUCUAGUUUAAUUAUUUAUAAGGGUAACUAACCGGUCUAAUUUUUGCGAUCAUUUAAUUACAAAAAAAUCAUUUCGCAAAUAAUAGUAUAGAUAGAUAGAUUUCUAGUGGAAACAAUAUAAUUUAAAUGUUAUUAAGUGGAAAUAAAUAACCAAAUUAUGAAUAUUUAGAAUUAGUGACCAUGAUUUUGAUCAAGACCUUGACUAAAUGUUUGACCAAUGCAAAUGGAUUAGAUCUUCAUAAUUUUUUUAAUGAUGAUGGACCUUUGAUUAGCUUUUUUUAGACCAGAUCGUGGACGGAAUUUUGAGAAGGGUAUAAAUCCCACCUCCAACACACGGGUUUGCUAAAUUGUAUCUCUCUUCCCUUUCAUUAUUUCUUUUGCUUCUGAACUCUUGUCUCUUUUUUUCAGCGUAAUUAAAUACGCAGAGAAUGUUCUUUAGCUGUGGAAACCCAUUCAAGGCUCUGCUUCCAAAGAAGAACAAUGCAUGCAUGUCCUCACAUCUUGUCUCUCUAUUGAACAACUUCGAGACAAGUUUGAGGGUAUCGAUUGCAGAACUUGUACCAAAGGAUGAUGAUAAGAAUGGUUAUAUCACUGUUUCUUGGAUGAUUCAAGCAAUGCACUCUCUUUGUGAGACACACCAGGCUAUCUCGACACUCAUGACCACCGAUGUAGACCUUCCUGUAUCCGACAUGGAAGAAAGUAUGUACGCUGACAUCAGUUCGAAGCUGCUUGAAUUUUGCAACGCCUUCACCUCGGAGAUGGCCCGGCUUAACCACGGAAACAUGUUACUCAAGUCUGCUUUUAGUGAUCCUGAUGAGGUUUCUUUAUGGCAUAUCGACUGUUGGAGGCAGCACAUGGCUUCCAAGAACCCUAGAAUCGAAAACUGCGGUGAGGUUUUGAGUAGUCUUGUUGAAUCCAUGAAUGAUGAUCAUGAUCUUCGUGGUCUCAAGAAGAAGGUGAAUAAGAAGAAGAAGAAACAAUACGAAGAAGAAAAAGUUCUCAUGCGAGCUCUAUAUGGUGUUAAGGCCAAGACUUUAUACAUAUUCAGCGUGUUUGCUGCAGCGUUUUCUGGUUCUUCCGAGAAUAUUUUGUAUAUAAACAUUCGAAAGGAGAUGAAGGAGGACGAGGAGGAGGUUCCAUGGGAAAAAGCAUUCAUGGAACUGCAGAACGUGAUCAUGAACACGUUCUUAUCGAACAGAUUCAUGGUUAUAAAAGAUGUUAAGGCUGUUGAAUCUGGUGUGGAGAUGGUUUACGCGGCGGUUCAAGAAGGCUCAGUUCCUAAUUCGUUGAUGGUGGAGCCACUGAAGCAAUCAGUGAUGGUACUUUCAGAAAGGUUUGAUCAUGUCUCCAAGGAAACGAGUUGCUUGUUCGAUACCGUGAACUCCGCUCGAGACGCAUUGUUCGAGAGGCUCAGAACCAAAUACGAAUAUGAGCUAGCUGAGAGUAACGUUGCUGAAUGCAGAUGAUCAUGUUAAGACUUGUUUGUGAGUAGUGUAGGGUGUGUUUAUUGUCUCAUGUUCAGUGUGUAAUGAUAACAAUAAAAAUGAAACAAAAUGCAUGCAUGCAGCAUGUCUCAAUUUUUUUUUUUUGGUAAAAUGUCUCAAGUUAUUCCCAGCAUAAACUAUUGAUCAGAUCAA